CGCGGGAGCCGGGGCACCCUGCGCGUCCCAAGUUCCCAGAGCGGCGCCGAGGAGAGCAGAGGAGACGGCCGGAGAGGAGGGGAGCGAGCGAGCGCAGCCGAUCCCCAGCCCCUCGGGCUGAGCCCGGCGCGACCAUGAGGCGGCUCCCGCGGCGGGACGGGGCCGGGCCCCCGCGGGAGAGCCUGCGGAACGGCUACGUGCGCAGCUCGGCGAGCCCGCUGCGCGAGGACCCUCCGCGCGGCUUCUUGUACCACGUCUGCCGCCUGUGCAACGUGGAGCUGCUGCUGCCCCGCGCCUCCUCCUCCUCCUCCUCCUCCUCCUCCCCGUCCUCGUCGUCCCCCGGCCCCGCGCCGCGCCGCGCCCCGGACGAAGCCCUGGGCAGCUCGGCGCUGGGCGCCCUCGCCGGCUUGCUGCUCGCCCGGCUCCUGUGGCCCGAGGGUUGCGCCCGCCUCUGCCGCCCGCUGGGGCUCCUGCUCCGCUGGCUCUCCCACGUCCUGUGCCCGCUUUUCAGCCUCGCCUGUGCCUUCUUCUUCUUCACCUGCUUCCUGACCCGGCAGCGCCGACGCCGCCUCCGUCUCCGCGGGGGCGCCCGCCGGGCCUGGGGGCUCCUGGCUCUGCCCGCCUGCUGCUUCGUGGGGGACCUGGUGCUGGCUCAGUGGGGGCCCGGGCCCGGGGGGCAGCUCGCGGUGCUGGGCAGGCUGCUGCUGGUGCUGAGCUGCGUCGGGGUCUUGAGCCUGCUGCAACCCGUGCAGCCCACGCGCAGCGUCCUGGUGCUGCUCUUCUCCGGCAUGAUGUGGUGGGUGUCCGUGGCCAGCCUCAGCCUCCUGCCCGCCGGUGUCCGGCCCCUGCUCUCCUGGCUCGCCGGGGGCAUCGGCACCGGACUGGCCCUGGGGCUCGAUCGCUUCUUCCCGCUCCGGGAAGCUCCCUCCCUGCCUCGCCUGAGCGGGGAGGGCAAAGUGCCUGUGAUCAGACCCCGGAGAAGAUCGAGUUGUGCGCCCAUAGGCGAGACUCCCACCAGCUUCGGGAGCCAGACUUCCCGGAGACCUUCGUUGCCUUGUAUUUCCAGAGAACAGAUGAUUCUUUGGGAUUGGGACUUGAAGCAGUGGUCUAAACCUCAUUAUCAGAAUGCUUCACGAGGAACUGAUGUUGAUCUUUCGAUGCUAAAUGAGGCUCGCCAAAUGAUGACUGAACUAAUGAUGGAUCCAACCCUCCCCCCGCACGUGGUUACUUCUCUUCGAAGCAUGGAUAGUUUGAUGGGUGCUUUCUCCAAAUCAUGUAGGCCAAAUCUCAACACAUUCCCACUGUUUUCUGGGUUUAACCCUUGCUGUGAAAUAGAGGACCCAGAUGCAAAAGAUACAAAACCUAACAAGACACCAAGUAAUAGAAAUAGUGUGCUGAUGCUACAACUAAGGAGAAACUCAAGAACCUCAGGUCUCCCUCUGCCACCCUCUGAACAGUCUCCUUCACGAUGGGAGUACAGUAACAGAAGGCGCACACUCCCUCUCCGACAGCAAAGUACUUCGAGCCUAGAAUCUCCAGAUUCAAACAUAUUUACAUUCCCAAAGCAAAGGUCAUCUUCAGUAACCUUGACUGACUAUAGGAGUCCUCUGAGAACUGGUGCUGCACCCAACCCGAAUCCUGUGACUUCACCUAGCCAUGAAUCAGUGUCCACUGGUUCCCUAGUUAACCGGUCACCCAGAGGAUUUCCUGACACUGCUGAUUUUCUUACUAAGCCAAGUGUUACUUUACACAAAUCUCUGGGGAAUGCACUUAGUACUUCAGCUUUGCCUCAGCAAUUUAGAACUUCUGGUAGCCAUAUAUGUAACAGUUGUGGACGUGAGGUACUGAAGCAUGUUUCAAUACAUGAAUCUGAAUAUGAUACAGAUGACCAGGGUGGAAAACCAGAGGGAAACCCCGAUAUUACACAAGAAUCAAUCAGAGAGUGUGGGGAGGAGCCAGAGCAGGAACCAGACAAGAGACUUGACAGAGAACUGAAGGAGGAAGAGGAGGAGGAGGAAGGAAAAGCAGCUGAAGAGGACUCAGAAGAGGCCCAGUGUGAGCCGUCUGAUGAACCUGGAGAGGACUUACCUAAUGCCCUAGUUAGGUACAGCUCCCAGCAGGCCGCAGAGGAGGAAGAUGAAGAGAAAGAAAAGGAGGAGGAGAAAGAAGAGGUGCCAUCAGGGGCAUGGCAGGAUAAAAACUCAGAGUGUCAUCAGGGAAAUGCUGAGAUAGAUGAAGAGUGCUUACUGGAACUGAUAUUAAGAGAAGACCAUGAUGCACUAAUAGCGAAGAUGAACAACUGGAAUUUCCCUAUUUUUGAAGUCGUGGAGACGAUGGGAGGCCGAUCAGGAAGGAUCCUGAGCCAGACUAUGUAUACCUUGUUUCAAGACACUGGUUUGAUGGACAUGUUCAAAAUCCCCAUUCCGGAAUUUGUGAGCUACUUCCAUGCAUUAGAAGAUGGCUACCGGGACAUUCCUUAUCACAAUCGUGUACAUGCUACAGAUGUUCUGCAUGCGGUGUGGUACCUGACAACUCGGCCGAUUCCUGGAUUUAAACAGAUUCGUCAGGAUCUUGUGAAAGUGAUUCGCACAGAAUAUAGUAGUGGACUUUCUCCUAUACGCAUUUCAUACACUUCCUCCAAAAGUUGCCCAAUGACAGAUCCAAACUAUGGCUGUGUGGCGCUGAAUAUUCCUGCCUUGGAACUGAUGGCUCUUUAUGUGGCAGCUGCUAUGCAUGACUAUGAUCACCCAGGGCGGACAAAUGCGUUUUUGGUGGCUACUGGUGAUCCUCAGGCAGUGUUGUAUAAUGAUCGCUCUGUCCUGGAAAAUCAUCAUGCUGCUGCUGCUUGGAACCUGUUCCUUUCUCGACCUGAAUUCAACUUUCUCAGUAACCUUAAUCAACCAGAAUUCAAGCACUUUCGUUACUUAGUGAUUGAAGCCAUCCUGGCUACAGAUCUCAAAAAGCAUUUUGAUUUCCUUGCUGAUUUUAAUACUAAGGCCAAUGAUGUGAACAGUCCUGGCAUACAGUGGAAUAGUGAAGAUGACCGGCUCCUCGUGUGUCAAGUGUGCAUUAAAUUGGCAGAUAUAAAUGGUCCGGCAAAAGCUCAAGACUUGCACGUGAGGUGGACAGAAGGUAUUGUCAGUGAGUUUUAUGACCAGGGAGAUGAAGAGGCCAGUCUUGGGCUGCCCAUCAGUCCCUUCAUGGAUCGCCACUGUCCACAGCUUGCAAAGCUGCAGGAAUCUUUUAUCUCUCACAUAGUGGGGCCCCUGUGUAAUUCCUACAAUGCAGCAGGUUUGCUUCCUGGCCUGUGGAUUGAGGAAGAGUGUGAAGAUGCUUCAAGUGAGGGACUCUGUGAAGAAUUACAGUCAGAAGAGGAUGGAGCUCCUGGUCCUGCUCCUAUGGCUCCUGCUGCUUCUCUGCCUGGUGCCAGGCCAAAACCACAACGAAGAAAAAAGGUCAAGUGCCGCAAGUUUUGCCAGCUAACACAGCAUCUGAAUGAAAAUCAUCAGCUGUGGAAGAGGCUGGUUGAGAGAGGAAGUGAGGACUCUGCUGCAGAUGUCAAGCCAGGCGUGGAGGGCCACAGUCUACUUCCAUCUCCAACCAAAGAACUCUAAGUCAUGGAGGAGACAGGUAAGGGGGUAAUGCCGCUGCCACAUCAGCACCGCCAUCUUCCCAUUCAUCAUCACCAUCACCAUCACCUCCACUAGGCUGAGGGGAGAAGAAGGGAGGCUCCGUUAUUUCCUUCCCUUGGGAGAACAGGUGAAGGAGCUAUGCUUGAAGAAGAUGCUACACCUCGGCCUCAGUUUCUUCACUGUGCUGACUUUAGACCAGCCCAUCUUCUGGGAGGUGGGAAGGCCUUCAUACUGUGAUAGGAUCCUCGCUGCCCUAGCUGUGUCCCAAUUCCUAUGCACUUGACCUCAUGGAACAGAAUGCUGGGUUUAAUCCUUCAUAAAUCUCAUGAUUGUAAAGUCUCUGAAAGCCGUACUUUGUGGACAGAUAUUUUGGUUCUAAGGCUACCUUGUGAAUCCAGAGCUCAUCCUUUCCACACAGUUCCAGCAAGUUGAGGAAGAACUCUUCAGUUGCCAAGGAGGCAGAACUUUUGGUUUGUGCAAGACCGGGAUUCACUCUAUUCUGUUCUUGCAUCCUGACAUCUCCUCGUGUCUAAUGAUGAAGAUGGCAUUUGCAGUAUAGUCAGUGGGAGGGUCUACAUGGUGUGUUCACUGCUACCCUCCCACCUCAGUUUUUCCGUUUGGGGGCUGUGACAUUCACAUUGUAUUCUGACUUUUAAAAAUGAUUCAGAUGGAUCAGAGUGCAUCAAUUUCUGAUGCCUUUGACUGUCAUACAGCAUUGUUGCAGUUUUAUUGAAAUGAUUCAGGUUUGCGUGAGCAUCAGAUUUUGUCUGUUUUAAACUUAAGCCUUGAUGCUCCGUGGUAGAAUUUUUUAAUCUUUAAAGAGAUUUUUUUCAACUCAGUACUGCUACAUUUUUUCACUCUUCCUCAGGAUGAAUAUUUAAAAGCAUAUUCCACUAAAGCCAUCAAACUCCAGUCCCAUCCCACUGUUGAACCUGAGCUAUAACCUUAUUGGUGUUAUUCCUUCCACGUACAUACAUUUGGAGACAAAUCAAAGCCAAAAAAGAACUAUCUCUUCCUCAUUCUUUUUGUUGAAUUGAAAUCCCCUCCAAUCCUUACUGCAGAAUAUAAUGCUACCACUCCUACAGAAAGGUCCCAAACAGCCAAAGGAAAAAUACUCUAUGUGCUUGCAUGCAGUAAAUACGGAGUUCAAACAGCCAUCUUCAGAGUCAGAAUUCCCCCGCUCAGUGCUCUGGAAAGGAUGCUUGGAAAGGUGCAUUCCAGACGGUGUAAGAAAAGGUUAAGCCCAAUGACUACUGUGUAUUUAUUCCUACUGCCCAGUUGUUGGUUUAGUUUCAGGAUCACCAUAUACACCUGACCUGACUUUGUCUUUCUUUUGCUACCUAAAAUUAUUUUUACCAGCCAUCUUACUUCCUAAAACAUCUUGGAUGACAGUGGCGAAGAUGGUUGUAAAACACACGCAUGUGCAGCUUUUCUACAGCACUUGUGAGCUAGGACAGUUGCACAUGUGUGAUUUUGUGUGGGAAGAGCACACAGAGCUAAUUUUGAAUGUGCAAGGAAAGCACUGAAAGCUGCCUGUGCAAACAGAUGUGUGUGAAAUAAUGACUGAUGGAGCUCAGGCUAGACUAAAGGCACCAGGCUGUGCCUGGGAAGCUCUCUGGUCUUUGACAGUUUAAGUAGGUGUUCUCCUUGCAAGGCUGAUGUGACUUGGAGCUGUCACCCCAAAAGGACCUGUGACCAUCUGACUGGAAUAUGGUUCGCUGUUUGCAAAAGACCCUUUUGUGGGGUGCUCACACACCAGCGACCUCAUUUGUAACAUCCCGGGUUUCCACCAUCUGUCCCACUCUCCACAUAGACACGUUCACGCAGUUUUGCCGGCCUCAGGGGAGCACCAUUGCUGUUGGUUCUGCACAGCCCACCUAUCUGCCGUGACAAAGCAGGCACUCAAUGGGGCUCUUUGUGGUUAAGAUUUUGAAGGGGAGGCAGGGGGGAUUUAAUGUACAGCUUUCAUUUAGCUUCUCAAUAGAAGCGUGUUAUUCUUUUUUAUUCUUUUAGAAUAUUCAGUUACUGGAAUUUAUUUUAAAAUAAUGGAAUAAUUUGACAAUUGGCUGUUGAUUUUUCAACAUUAGAGCUUUUCAACUUUUUGUUCCUUGAUUAUGGCUUAUAGACAGGCGACUUUAGCCCAAAGAAACUCUGCAAAGUAUUUUUGUCCAUUUGUUACUUCCAUAAUCAUAAGGGACUGGUAUGGUAUAUUAAAUAUUUUAAAGCUACUAA